UAAGUAUCGGAAAUAUAGUGAAAUGUUAAUUUUUAUCAUUUCUACAUUUUUUGGAUACUUCGGCUUAGGUAUUCCGGUGGACGAAAGUCUAAUUAUUGGAGUAUGGAGCCCUGCUUCAUUGAAAGUUUUUACAGAAAUACCGAAAGAUUCGACAAGUUCUUUUAGAAACAUAACUAUUGAAACAACCUCUUCAAACUUACUAAUAACCAGUCUGACAUCUGAUCCAAGCAAAGGAGUUGUUUUUGCAGCAAUACAAAAUUUUAUUUAUAUUAACCAUCUCUUUUCUAAAAGGCAAAAUAUUUCUGCAGGUUUCGCAAUUCAGUAUAGAGGCAAGUCAUUUUCAUUCGGGCAAAUUGCGUUUGACUAUGUGUCAAGUAAUUUGUAUUGGUGUGACACAUAUCUAAAUUGGAUAGCCAUGAAACCAGCGUAUAAUUUUGACGACUCGAUUCAUAAAGUCAUAGUUCAAAAGGAUUUAAAUCAACCCGAAGGACUGGCCUUGGAUCCAGAAGACAGAUUAAUGUUCUUUUCUGACAAUGAACCCAAUGCAAGAAUUGAAAAGGCUUCUUUAGAUGGUAAUGAAAGAAAGGUCAUUGCAUACAAGGGAUUAUUAUUAGUUCGUGCCCUUGCAGUAGAUACUGUCAAUAAUAAACUGUACUGGGCCGAUUCUAAUAAACUGACAAUAGAGGGAUGUGAUUAUGACGGAUCUAACAGGAAAGUUAUCAGAAGUAUCACCACUGAUUCAGUCUCAAGCCUAUCUUACCAUCAGAAUAAGCUUCAUGCAAUCAGCUUUGCGGGUAAGUCGGUAUUUGCUGUUGACGCAUCAUCUGGAUCCAUACUUUACACACGGGAAUUCCUUUCUGAACAACCAAUGUCAAUUGCUGUCUAUGAUGCUGAGUCCAAAAAAUCUGUUACCAAUCCAUGUUCGACCUUGAAUUGUCAUCACAUGUGUGUCAUCACGAGAUCGGGACCAAAAUGUCAAUGCUCCGAAGGAUUUGAUCUCAACAGUAAUAACAGAACAUGUACCUUGGCCUCCCCCUUUUUUGAGAGGGGUUUUCUUGUAAACAACGCAUCCAUGUUUGCUAUGCAUGACGUACAUUCAACAAAUGGGCAAUCAAAUAGAUAUAACUAUAGACAGAUUUCUGGAAAUAUCAAGACGUUAGCUGUUGAUGUAAAGUCAAGGAUCAUUUACUUCGUGGACAGUGGAGACAGUGUACUAAAGAAACACAACAUUAUAUCACAAAAGGAAAGCACCAUAGCUACGGUAUCAUCUGCUAAAGACUUGAAUUUCGACUGGAUAGCAAAUUUACUAGGAUGGAUUGAAGAAAAAGGUUUCAGUAUAAUGUGUUUCUCAGUCAAUUCACAGACCACUAAUACCAUAUACUCCAAUCUGGAUAACCCUUCUUCUCUAACCGUAGAAUCACACACUGGAACCAUAUACUGGAUUUCGGGGACACAAGGGCGAUCGAUAGUUCGUGGAUCCUGGACCAGAGAUGCACCAAAAGUUUUGAUAUCUUUUGGAAAGCUAAAAGACCCAAGGUCUUUACAACACGACGUCACUAGUAACAGACUAUAUUGGCUAGAACACACGAUCAUCAGAAGCUCGAAAACAAACGGUAUGGAUGUCAAAAGUCAUAUUGAUACAAAAGGAGCCACAAAGUCAUUCGCAUAUAAGGAUUUCUUUGGCUGGAUUAAUGAAGAUAGGCUAUAUUUUGCCCGAAAGAUUGCCGAUAGAGCGGAAUAUGGAUUUAACACAUUAAAAAACUCAAAAGAUGUCGAUGUGUUUGAUUUUUCCCUUCAGAAUGACAGAAGAGGUACAUGUCAUGUAUUUAAUGGAGGUUGCGAGGAAAUUUGCAUUCCUGAGAAAACUGGUCGUAAAUGUGAAUGCGAUAUCGGACUCCAAAUUCAACCAGAUCAGAGCUGUGACAGCGAUGUGCUAACGUCUAAUUUCAUCGCAGUAACAGAUUUUACCCAUGGAAGAAUACUUCAAAUUGACCUGCAGACUGGUAAUGUUGUGAAAUUACCUCUAAAAAGAAUUAGGCCGAAAGGACUGGCGUUUGAUAAAACAACUAUGACGCUUUUCUAUUCUGAUGCUUUGACAAAGACAAUAACAUCAUCUACCUUACAUGGGAAAAACAAAACAUUGAUCUACGAACUAGGUUUGACGAUGGUUUCAAAUCUUGCAAUUGACUAUUCCACUGGGAACCUCUAUUACACUGCUGAAGGUCCUACAAAAUAUGAAAGUUACAUUGGCGUAGUUCACAGAACAACUUUUGCUCACAAAACUCUGAUAUCAAAUAUCUUUAAACCAAAUGAUAUUGCUCUCUAUCCAUCAAAAGGGUACUUGUUUUGGACAGAAUUUGGAGAUAUGACUGAAAUUGGAAGAGCAAGUAUGGACGGAACAUCUCGGUUUUACUUUCCAACGACAGAGAUAAGAUUGCCUCAUUACCUAGCUAUAGAUUAUAAAUCCGACCGCUUGUAUUGGACGGAUGCGUUUAAAAAUAGCAUCGAAACCUCAGACCUCAACGGUGGACAUCAAUACGUCUUGGCUUAUGAGAAUGGAGCUACAUUGAAUGAUAUUGUAGUCUAUGGACAAUAUCUCUUCUAUACGGCAUGGCAACGACAACGUAUUACUAAAAUGGAUAAAUUAACGGGAUCAAGAGUUAACUUCAUGUCAGAUCAUCCAGAGUUUGGAAAUCUUUACAGCUUGGAUAUAGAUGCAGAUGAAAUUCAAGACGUAAAUCCAAGCUGUUCAAUAGCUAAUGGACAAUGCAGUAUGUUCUGUUUUCCAUCUCCAACUGGAAGAACAUGUGGUUGCCAAGACAAUGUUAACCUCCAACCGGAUCAAUUAACAUGUGAAGGAGAACAAAGGACAGUUGUAACCGACCAGACUUAUUUGUACAGUGGCUUGUUCGCAGGCGGUGCCUUUAUUCUUGUAAUGACUAUUGUUUGAUUAGCCUGUAUGAUGAAAAGACGAAACACAUCUAGGUUAUCUUAUGAAAGGACUUAUCACCACCAGACACUUAAUUCUGUAUAUGAUACAAUUCAAGAUGUGUAUGAAGAACCAAUCAAAAGUUUUCAAGACGGAAGUGAAGGAGAAAAGAACUUUCAUGAUUGAAAAAAAAAUGGUAAACGAUA